CCUCUUUGUGGGAGUGGGCGACAACGAUGUAAUCAUCAACUCCGACGCCCUGGGAUUCUACCCCUACCGCAUCAAACUCUGGAUCGAUCCACAGCUUGACGAGAUGAAGAGCCCUGUCAAUGCUAUCUAUGACAAGAAUUCCCGUGCCAAUUCCAGCACGCGCACCACGAGCAGCGACAACGAGAUUGGAGCUCGAUUUAAUCUAUGGGCACUGUCGCUCAGAUUAAAGAAAUCAUGGGGGCGGUCACUUCAAGAGCCAAUGGAGUGCGAGUCCAUCAGUGUUGGAGAUCCAGGGAACACCGCCAAGCUCGAGUGGAAUCUCCUUCGCUGGAAUCACAAUGGGAUGAAGUAUAAUCCAUCCAAACCAUACUCUGGCCUUGGCUCUCUUAAGCCGCCAUUGCGAGGAGGGCGCAGAAGUAUCAGUGUGGAAGACUUUCCCAUCACUGUGUGGCAUCUGCCCACAAGCAUGGCAUCCAGGUUUCCACUCCGGUUCAACCUUCGUCUCGAGGCUGACAUGCAUCUCGUCUGGUACACAAGAAGCAAAUGGGUGUGCCGAGAGGCAAAUUGCACCAGCGAGAGAGUCGAAUUUUCUCGAGAGUUUGUUGUCGCAGAUGGUGAGUGACAAGUCCGACUGUCAUACUGCUUUGAGCGUCCAUCGCUUCUUAACUGUUCUUCCCCAGUAUCCAGUUUGGAGCUAGAAACUUACUACAAAUACAUGUGUCUUUCAGUGUCUUGAAUGGGAUUUUAGCAGGCCAGAUUGUCUCUGGCAGCGAAUCCAGAAAUUAGCUAGCCUUGCCUGCGAAAACCCUGCUGUUUUGCUCAAAGAGAUCUCUUUCCUCCUUUUUCUGCUUUACCUGAUCGCUCGCGCAAUCGACGUUAUGGACGCGUCACGUCACGCGUCCCUGUGGCUGUAAGAAGACCCGUUGUGGACAGCAGCAGUGUUAGAAGCUUUUCUAGCCUUCUCAGCCAGAUUCCAGAGCAUCACGGUGGCUACCAAGAUCAUCACCAUCUUGGCGAAAGCAAAUUAACAAAGCUGGAAAAACAAGUACCUCAUCCCACAGCAAGAACACGCUGCAGCCGAGCUUCCUGGCCGCACUGACCGCGUUUUCAUCUGGAAUUCAUAGGAUUAUAUCGAUCCAGCAUUCAUUUCGUUGCUUGCCUAUUUGGUCACGAGCCGCCAGUUUACAACGCGUGGUUCUACAGUCCAGAGAAGAAUGAUAAGCUCUUGUCCUGUAAGUUCCAGUUCCACUUGUGUCUUGGUAAACAUUAGUUCACAGAAAAGUUUGUUACCUUGCAACUCCAUACUUGUUGUACCAAGGCUAUUGAUCCACACACGAAAAACCCGCUCGUCUCUCGAGUCUUGCUCAUGAUCCUGAAUUAAUUCAGCGUAAGUGAGGCUGUUGUUGGCUGUCAAACC